AAUAUUUUAAUAAAAAAUAUUUUUUUUCUAAACUUUUAACUCCUUCCAAAAAAAAAAUUCACUCUGCCUAAAUUUUUUCUAACUCUUCAAGAGUUUUGGCCUUAAUAAAUACGGAGUACCUUAAUAAAUAUUACUCGAGAAGAUAUAAGUGAAGUGAGUCAAGAUAACUAUGAACCAAUUCAAGAUAAUAGGGUUGGAUGAAGGAUUGAAAUUUAUGCAAAAGGGAAUUUCAAAGCUAAAGAGGAUCUUGGAAGGGGAACCCGAGUCUUUUAACCCCGAAGAGUAUAUUCUGCUUUACACCACUAUCUAUAACAUGUGCACACAGAAACCUCCCAAUGAUUAUUCUGAGCGGCUAUAUGAGAAGUACAAGGAAGCAUUUGAUGGUUACAUCAAUUCAGUAGUUUUGCCUUCUUUGAGAGAGAAACAUGAUGAAUUCAUGCUAAAGGAGCUUGUUAAAAGAUGGGCAAAUCACAACAUUAUGGUCAGGUGGCUUUCUAGAUUUUUCUGCUAUCUUGACAGAUACUAUAUUGCACGGAGAUCACUUCAUUCUCUUUGUGAUGCUGGGCUUAUUUGCUUUCGUAAUCGGGUUUACCUGGAGUUAAGAGUUAAAGCUAGAGAUGCUGUCAUAGCUCAGAUUGAUCAAGAACGUGAGGGAGAGUAUAUUGAUAGAGCAUUACUCAAGAAUGUACUCGACAUUUUUGUUGAAAUGGGGAUGGGACAGAUGGAAUACUACGAGAAUGACUUUGAAGAUUCCAUGCUCAAGGAUACUGCUGAUUUUUAUUCUCGAAAAGCAUCAAACUGGAUAGUUGAAGACUCUUGUCCCGAUUACAUGUUAAAGGCAGAAGAGUGUUUGAAAAAGGAGAAAGAAAGAGUUUCUCAUUAUCUACAUUCAAGUAGUGAAGCCAAGCUCCUGGAGAAAGUGCAAAACGAGUUGCUCGUUGUAUACAAUAAUCAACUGCUUGAAAAGGAGCAUUCUGGUUGUCGCGCACUGCUCAAGGAUGAUAAGUUGGAAGAUCUAUCUAGGAUGUAUAGGCUUUUUCUGAACAUUCCCAAAGGAUUAGAUUCAGUUGCCAAUAUGUUUAAACAGCAUGUCACCGCUGAAGGCAUGGUGUUGGUGCAGCAGGCUGAAGAUGCAGCUCGGAGUAAAGCCGAAAGUGCUGCGGGAAAUUCACAGGAACAGGUUUUUGUUCGGAAAGUGAUUGAGCUUCAUGACAAGUAUAUGUCAUACGUGACUUAUUGUUUUUCGAACAAUUCUCUCUUUCACAAGGCAUUGAAAGAUGCAUUUGAGGUAUUUUGUAAUAAAGUUGUCGGUGGCUUCUCCAGUGCCGAACACCUGGCUUCUUAUUGUGAUAAUAUCCUUAAAAAGGGUGGAAGCGAAAAGCUCAGCGACGAGGAUACUGAGGAAACAUUGGAUAAGGUUGUCAAGCUCUUGGCAUAUAUAAGCGAUAAGGAUCUUUUUGCUGAGUUUUUCAGGAAGAAGUUGUCUCGUCGGUUGCUUUUUGAUAAAAGUGCAAAUGAUGACCAUGAAAGACUUAUCUUAACAAAGUUGAAGCAGCAUUAUGGUGGACAGUUCACCUCAAAGAUGGAGGGGAUGGUCACAGAUUUGACAUUAACAAAGGAAAAUCAGAAUCAUUUCCAAGAAUAUCUUAACAAUAACCCGGCUGCUAGUCCUGGAAUUGAUUUGACUGUUACGCUUCUCACAACUGGAUUCUGGCCGAGCUAUAAAUCUUCUGAUUUGAGUCUCCCAGCCGAGAUGGCCAAGUGUGUUGAGGUCUUCAAGGAAUUUUAUGAAACAAAAACUAAUAACAGGAGGCUUACUUGGAUUUAUUCUUUGGGAACAUGCAAUGUAAUUGGGAAGUUUGAUGCCAAAACCAUUGAACUGGUUUUGGGAACUUAUCAGGCAGCUGCAUUGCUACUAUUCAAUGCCUCAGAUAGACUGAGUUACCAGGAAAUUAAAAGCCAGCUGAAUUUGGCUGAUGAAGACCUGGUCAGGUUGCUGCAGUCUCUUGCCUGUACCAAGUAUAAGAUUCUGAUCAAGCAGCCUAACAACCGAACAGUUUCUCCGGAUGACCAUUUCGAGUUCAAUUCCAAGUUCACUGACCGAAUGCGGAGAAUCAGGAUUCCUUUGCCUCCGGUUGAUGAAAGGAAAAAGGUGGCGGAGGAUGUUGACAAAGAUAGGGGCCAUGCUAUUGAUGCAUGCCUUGUGCGAAUCAUGAAGAGCAGGAAAGUUUUGGCUCAUCAACAACUUGUUUUAGAGUGCGUUGAGCAUUUGAGCCAUAUGUUCAAGCCUGAUUUCAGGGCAAUCAAGAAGAGGAUUGAACACCUAAUUACUCUAGAUUACUUGGAGAGGGACAGAGGGAAUCCAAACACGUACAAGUACCUGGCCUAAAAAAAGUGCCUGCCUGCCCUACUUUAAUUCUCCUACACGAAGAAAGAAUCGAUACAGGUUGACUCGAGCCUAAUGGCACUCUUUUUGUUCCAUCAUCUUCUACGAGCAAGCACAACACGCAUAGCUUCUACAUGAACUCUCAUCAUCUAGCUUUUAACAAUUGCACGUGUCCACAUUUUAUACACAACAAAUAGCAUUACACUGACAAAAAAUGGACAAUCUAACAUUGAGAUUAAGGGAUCUUGAUCUUGGUGAUACUGCAAGGUGUAACCAGCAAAAUUUUUGGGAGCACUUUAGUGCUUACAUCUUUCACAUUACGUACUCAUUUCGUUCCAUAAAAUACUUUACAAUUU